GGCCUAGCACGAAAUAUUUCAGAAUCAGAAUGAAUCAAGAAGGCGUACUUGCUUGUUGCGCCGUUUGUAACCAGCAGACUCAUCGGAGAUGUGGUCGGUGUCUUAAUAUUUAUUAUUGUAACACAGAACAUCAAAGACAGGAUUGGAAAAGACACAAAAGUGAAUGUGCACCGAAGUUACAAAAGCAGAGCUUACAAAACGACAAAGCUAUUAAACCAUCUUCUCAUAAAGAUAAAGAAUUAAAGAUAGAUGAGAAAAAAAGGAUAAAUAUUAAUACUUCAGUGGAUAACAAUAAUAAAGAAGAAACGAUACUAGUAGGCAACGAAGUGAGACGAUUAAAAAAAUCUAAAAAGAAAACCGUUAAAAAAGAGGGUAGUGACAUUGCUAGUGAUAAUAAAAAUACCUCGCAAUCUGUAGAGAUUAUAACUCAUAAUAAAGCAAAUCUAAAAGACAAUAGUGUAAUUUCAAGUGUCGUGUAUAGUAAUAAAAACAUUGUUAAAGUUAGUGCCAUAACUCACGAAGGAUCUUCAGAACAGGAAAUAUUGAGUGAAAAAGCUCAACAAUUGGGUACAGUGGAUUUUUCUACUGCAAGUACGUCUAAUGUUUUGAAGGAGGUAAAUAAAACUGAUGUAAAAAUGCCAGCUAUACCUAGUGAGCAGCCUCCUAGGAUGAGAGAAUACCCUGAAGCUACUCUCAGAGGUAGCGGUGCACCCUUCAACAACAUGAUGAACAGUUACUACAUGGACCCAAGUGAUCCCAACUAUGAAAUUUGUCAAAGAGUUAUCAGGGACAUGACUCAGUAUGGUGUGUGUGUGUUAAAUAACUUCCUAGGCAAGGAACGAGGACUCUUAGUAUUAAAUGAAGUUCUAGAAAUGUACAGAUCGGGAAUAUUCACAGCAGGUCAACUAGUCUCAAAUCCAGGCAGUACAGAAGCUCAGACGAUACGAAGCGAUCGCAUCACGUGGAUAGAUGGCAAGGAACCCCACUGCUUCCACAUAGGACAGCUCAUCAACCAAGUCGAUAAUAUAAUACUGACGGCGAACAAAAUGGUCAACAACGGAAAAAUGGGAAACUACAUCAUUAACGGUAGAACGAAGGCAAUGGUGGCCUGCUACCCAGGAUCUGGCAGCCAUUAUGUGAAACAUGUAGAUAACCCGAAUAAAGAUGGCCGAUGCAUAACGGCAAUAUACUACCUAAACCUUGACUGGGACGUCAAGCGAUAUGGCGGUUUACUUAGGGUGUUCCCGGAAGGUACGAAUCAAGUGGCAGACAUCGCGCCGAUCUUCGACAGAAUGCUUUUCUUCUGGUCAGAUAGAAGAAACCCACACGAGGUACAACCUGCGUACGCAACUAGAUAUGCAAUUACAUUGUGGUAUUUCGAUGCUCAAGAACGAGAAGAAGCAGUUAGAAAAUACAAACGUGGGCAACCGUCGUCGAGCAAGUGAUGUUGGGUGCGCGGGAGCCGGCGCGUCGCGUGCUCGUAGCGAACUGCCACUAGUUACAGGUUAUACACAUAAGAGUGCUCACACACGACCCGCACCGUGGCCGAGUCGAUCGAACGAUUGGUAGCGCAACUUGUAGUCUAUAGUUGCUGAGAAGACAAUUUGAUAAAGUGUAGAGCUUAGAAGCCGGUGUAAAAAGUUAUCGUAUUUUUAAUAUUACCGAAUAAAUUAAAUAUAAUUAAAUGUUAAUUGUAAAAGAAAAUACAAAAACUUUUAAACAUAAAACCAGAUAAAUUUUAGUAAAAUCCAUCCAGUAUGUGAUGACGUCAUCAAAGAAUUUGUUGAAAUCUGUCAAUGUAAAAUAAUAAGGGUUUUUUUUUAUUAUUUAAACACAAGUCUUAAACAAUAUAAAUGUGUAUUUACAGAUUAUUUAUCUUGGUUUUGUGUUUUUUUAAUAUAAGAAAUGUCGAAAAAGUUUAUGAAACCAUAAACCGGCCUACAAUUUAAAUAUAUCAAAUGUAAAGAAUCGAUUCUUGUUGAAAUUAUUUUUUUUCAUUUCAACCGUUGUAAUAUAUUUUCUAACAGUAGUUUAAAAUAAUUUAAGUUGAUUCUUAAGUAUUAUGAGUCAUUCAUUGCAAUUCUUAGUUGAACCGAUACACUGAUGUCUGUUAUAUUUUUAAUCUACUAUUUAUAUAUAUAUAUAUAUAUACAUACAUUUGUUCAUUGUUCCAUUCGUUCAAAUCGUUCUUCUGUUUGAUACAUGGAAAUCUUUCAUAGUAUCCACCAAUGGGAGAAUACAUGGAAUAGUAAAGGAGUUUUAAAAAAAACCAGGCAAAUGUCAAAAGAUACUAGUAUUAUAAACAUCUCCUGCACCCAGUUAACACAAUCACUAUCAUUAAGUCAAUAAUUUAAAACAUUCAUAGCAUUAUAGAUUUCGUUUAUAAUUUUUUUGUAGUGUAAAUGAUGAAAUUUUUCUUCUUUUUUAGUUAUUUCAUGAAAUUAAAAAUUAUUUAAAUCCAAACUUAUAUGUCCUCUUUCAUUUUAAAUUGGUCGUCUCAUCAAAAAUGACAGUCGUUGCCUCUAAAGUUGUGCCUUCAUCAUAUGUUAUAUCUUGAUUUUCCUGUGCUUUCCUCUUUUUGGGGCAGAAGCUUACGAGGAAGACAUUGGUCUUCCUCGUAAGCUUCUAGCCGUCUCUUACCCAAGACUACAUUUCUCCCCCGGUGUUGGAUACGCUUUGCUAGAUCGUCUAAGUGUCUCGCUAAUGUUGCUCUAGUACCAUACGCUUCACGAGCAUCUCUUGCUGCUGUGUUCAAGGAACUACAGAUAUAUACAUCGCGUAACUCUCCAAUUUAAACAGUUCCACACAUUUCUUCCAGCUCUAUGACAGUAUCAAUCUUGUUUCCUUCUUUUGCAGGGUAAAUUCGUCUAUAUCCCUCUAGGAUGUUAGACAUCAGCUCUGCCCGUGUCAUCUUAUUAGUGACUGGGCAUUUUCAUCCCAUGUAGAAAGUAGGACUUAAUUAUCUUCAUAAGUGAAUAUGCCCCUGUCAGCUGCGAGAUCAGCUCAAUGAGAAAGUUGAAGCCCCAACACUAGAAUUCCGCGGGUUUCUGUGUGUGAAGCAGUAUAAAAACGUCAGAUAAUAA